GGCCGCGACCGACGAGGACACGUCAGGGGCCAUAAAUAAAUAAAUAAUUCCAUUCACCCGCUGGCGGCGAGGCGGUCCGGCUGUCGCCGGCGGGGACGGGGAGCUGCGGCGCCCACCGCGCGCCUCUCACAGGUUAUGUGUUGCUUGAGAGUAGAGACCAUAUCUGACAUACCUGAGCUCACCAUGGAUGUGUGUCAGUGGGACAGGACAAGGCACAGGUGAAAACAGCAGUUCUGAAAUCAGUCUCUUGCAAGAAGGUUUUCUUGAUAGUAUCGAAACAGAGUAUGAAGACUGGCAAAAAUUCAGAUGCUGACUUUGCUUCCUCUUGGAAACCAGCACAUGGUGUGGUCACCCAUUUGCACCAGUAAUAACACCAGCAGAGUUACCAAGCAAUCUUCACGUGGUGACUACUCAUGCUCUUGGAGGGAGUCAAUCUGAAGAUGUGAUGCUUUCCUAUGAAGACUUUAACAGAUACCUUGGGAACUGCAGGACUGUAAAACUCUUUGUGCCAAUAGAGCAGAGCUACAUUGUGAAGAUCCUUGGUAAUCCAGAGUCUGCUGUACCUCUCCUCCUUAUAUUGGCUUCACACACUACACCUCAGUGUAAAGUGACUAGGCUUGAAGAGUCCACAUACAACCUUAAGAAACUUGUUCUAGGGGGCAACAGUCAACAGGUUACUUGAGUUUCAAAGAAAGGAUUGGUAAUGCCACCAACACCAAGUGCUCCACCUCAGUACCCACCUCCUGAUGGAGGCUGGGGCUGGGUGGUGGUUGGAGCUGCCUUUAUAUCCAUUGGAUUUUCGUAUGCAUUCCCCAAAGCAGUCACAGUGUUCUUCAAAGAUAUUCAGGAAAUAUUCAGUACUUCUUACAGUGAAAUAGCUUGGAUAUCAUCUAUCAUGCUGGCAGUUAUGUAUGCAGGAGGUCCCAUCAGUAGUAUUUUGGUGAAUAAAUAUGGCAGCCGACCCGUGGUAAUGGUAGGAGGCUUACUGUGCUGUUUGGGAAUGAUUUUGGCCUCCUUCAGCAACAGUGUAGUACAGCUUUACAUCACAGUGGGCUUCAUUGGAGGUUUAGGUUUAGCCUUCAACCUGCAACCAGCCUUAACAAUCAUUGGUAAAUACUUCUAUAAGAAACGACCUAUGGCAAAUGGAUUGGCCAUGGCAGGAAGUCCUGUUUUCUUAAGUACAUUGGCCCCUUUCAAUCAGUUUCUUUUUAAUACUUACGGCUGGAAGGGAAGUUUUUUGAUUUUAGGAGCUAUAUUUUUAAAUGCCUGUGUAGCUGGGGCCCUCAUGAGGCCCCUUGGGCCCAAAGAAAGUACUCCUCGCUCUAAAAAUAAGAUUGGCGUAGGAGAGGAUGGCCCAGAUUCAAUGAAAAUCCAAAAGAAGAAAUCACUAGCGCAAAAAAUUAAUCAGUAUUUAGAUUUUUCCCUUUUUAAACAUAGAGGAUUUCUGAUCUAUCUCUCUGGAAAUGUCAUUAUGUUUCUAGGUUUUUUUGCCCCUGUUAUAUUUUUGGCUCCGUAUGCUAAAGACAAGGGAAUAGAUGAGUAUUCUGCAGCUUUCUUGCUUUCUGUAAUGGCUUUUGUUGAUAUGUUUGCUAGGCCAAGUAUAGGAUUAGUUGCAAAUUCCAAACUUAUCCGACCACGAAUUCAGUACUUCUUCUGCUUUGCAAUCUUGUUCACUGGAGUGUGCCAUCUUUUAUGCCCUCUGGCCAAGGAUUACACAAGCCUGGUGGUAUAUGCUGCAUUUUUUGGCUUUGGAUUUGGGAGUGUUAGCAGCAUCCUCUUUGAAACUCUCAUGGACCUUGUUGGUGCUCCAAGGUUCUCCAGUGCUGUGGGCCUUGUCACAAUUGUGGAGUGUGGCCCAGUUCUUCUUGGCCCUCCUCUUGCCGGUAAAUUGGUGGAUGUAACUGGAAAAUACGAAUACAUGUAUAUGUCCUGUGGGGCUAUUGUGGUCGUAGCUAGCAUAUGGUUGCUCAUUGGCAACACUAUAAACUAUAGACUGCUUGCAAACGAAAGGAAGAAGGAAAAAGCAAGGAAGAAGGAUGAACAAUCACGUGAAUCCAGAGAAUCUGAACCCUUGAGCAAACCCAAACAUGAUGAAGUCACUGUAAAAACUUCAAAAGCACAGAAUACUCCUUCAGAAAGAGAAACUAACAUUUAAGAAGAAUCACAUCUCUGAUUUCAGUUUAUGAAUUUACUUAGGAGUUCAUUUUGCUUUUUAAAGUAUUGAAAAGAUUUUUCAUUGACACAAGGAGCUACAACUAAAAAGGGAAAUAAGAUAUUCCUAAAUAACAAAGUGUAAACUAGUUUUUGAAAACUUAUGAGUAGUUAAAUUUUGAGAUUAUACAUAUAUGUAAUCCAUGCAGCUGAUAUAUCUCCAUACAUGACUCAGGAUUUCAUGGUUAAAAUUCAGAGUCUUCCAGUGACUUUCUGUUCUUUGUUGUAGAAAAAGAUCUAAAUCACAUGCCCUUAGUUUAACCAAUCAAGAGUAUUUUUGAUCCCAUUCAAUGAUCUUCACAUUUCAUUUUUACUUGCCAUUAACGUAUGAAAUAGAAUUGAAGGAUAGUAUUCUAUCUUCUCACAUUUACAAACCCACAUAAACAAGAGUGUCUGGAGAAUGAAACUAAAACUCAAAACUGUUAUCACAAAUUCAAAAAAUCCAUGGGCACAAAAGAAAUAAUAUUUGCAUACUAUCCUACAGUGAGGAUUUAAGAUAAGCACAUGGAUCAAAAUAAAGGUGAUCUUAAUUCCAAAAUGCAAUUGUUUACUGUAAAAAUAUUCGAUAUGUAAAAUAACUUUGAGAAAAAAGGAAAAAUUCCAUUUCACACCAUUACUUGUAAACGCUCUUAAACCGAAUUAAUCCAGACACAUGAUUUCUUUGAGGGGUGUUGUUAGUGUCCGGUGCUAAAAAAUUGAACCCUCGAGUAAUUUUCAGAAUCCUUGCCUAAUAGUAAAUCAGACUAAAAAUCUGAAUGUCAUCUUGCAAUGAGCUAUAUCCACUGAUUUUUAAAAGGGUUUUAGUUUUUAAUCCAGAUUCGUUCUAACUAGACUUCAGUCAGUAUCCACUGUUGUACUGAAAUUUCAAAGAAUAAACAGAAUCCUAGAUGACAAUUUGUAUAGAAAGAAAAUUCUAAUUUCUCCAACAUUACAGCUGUGAUCUGAGCUUACCAUCGUGAGUGCCUGUAUCAGUCCCGCUGACAGAAAGCGGGAGCCCUUUCAGUUCUCUUAGCACCCUUCUUUCCACAAAAAGCAGAAGCAAAAGACAAAUUGUAAACAGACCCUUUACUCAGUCACUGCAAGUGUUAAGGGAAACAGUGUUCAUGUCAUAGGAAGGAUGGCACUGGAACAUUCUGCCCUCUACUGACUAGACUUCCUGCUGCCUCUGGAUAUGCCAGAAACUACACCAGGCUCCUAGAAAUAUAGAUUGCAUGACAUGGAAUUGUAAGUAUAGUUUAAAAUAAUAACAAGAAGCUUGCUAUAUUGCAGUCCAGGUUAAUGUAGAAAUUUCUCUUUUUUUAAUCUGAAAACAACUAGCCCUCUGAAUCCUUUAAUACAAAUACUCUUAAUGGUUCUGUGCUUUUAAAACUAUAAGUAUCAUGGCUAAAUUCAUAAAUAUUUGCAUCUAUAAAUUGGAGGCUUAAUAUGACUGGCAAAAUAUUUAGUGCUUUAUUAUUAAGAUGGUGACACUCUUGAGAUGUCCAAGGGAAUUUGCCGUUAAUUUUUUAUUGCAGUAGAAGCAGGUGCUAUUCAUAUUUAUUAUGAGACUGUACCUGGACACCAAGCUUUUGUAAUAUCUAGCAUCAAAAAUUUGAUUCUCAAAUUUAUGCACUAUUUAAGCAUGUGGCUCAUAUAUUGAGAGCGAUAUAGAAUUUCAUUUUUUCAUUUAACGUUUGCUUUUCUUAUGAAGGAAUAUUUGUAUUUUUCAAAUAUUAAAACAAGAUGUGCCAAUGUCAUAGGUAAAUAAAUCAUGAAAAAUGUGACAGAAUAUGGCUGUUUUUAAUUUAGUUUUACUUGAUCUUGAUUUUUGAAUUAGCCGGAUUUAUAUUAGUGCUUUUGUAUUCAUUUCUGAUUUGUCAUAAGAAGUACAUCAUCAUUAUGUAAGAUCUCUCAAAUACCAAACAUUUCCAAAAAGUGUCUUGCACUAAGUGUCUUAGUGUAUGUCCUAAAAAUAUGUAUUUAAACUAAUAUAGACAUUAGAGCCUUAGGCAAAUAAAUAACAAAGUAAUGAUUAUAGAAUUUUAGAUGUAAAACUCUUCUUCAUCAUCUGCUAGUCCUUUGGGUGCAUUUCACAGCUUUCUUCCUGGGAGGAGAAAACUAAUCAAAACCAAUUUAUGUUUGCUUUCCUAUUCUUUGAUUUCUUUCAUUAAUGUUUUUCUUCUAAUUCUGACUAUGUUAAUUUGUUAGAAAAGAAAGGAAAGGGAAGGAAAAAUGCAGAUUCAAAACAUAUAUAGAUGUAAGAUAGUCAUUCCUGACAGCUGAACAGCAUAAACUUAUAAAUAUGCCCACAUAUUAAUUCCCAUACAUAUGUCCUGAAAACUAAACAAAAAUACACUUGAAAUAAUGACAUAAUGACUCCUAGAUUCACAAUAGUUCCAGGAUAAUAUAAAUUAUUUUCUUGUUUAAUCUUCCUAUUCCCUUGAACUUUUUGGAAGAAUUGUUGUGUUAACAGAAUCUUUUAAAAGACCAAGAAAAGAAUAUUGGCCUAGAAUAUGCAUUAUUACAUAGUUACAUAGUGAAGGAGGGUAUAAGAGUUGGCUUCUGUGUCUGUAACAUUUAGUACUGAAUGUAUUCUUUCCCCAAAGAACAACGGAUUUUUAUAUGUUCAAGAUCAAAAGCAAAGUCACUCAUCACUAAAAACCCUAACAAGCCCUGCUUACGUCAUGAAUUUGUAUAGGAGUGGUAUGUAAACCAAGUUUAAUAAGUAUUCAUGGUCAUUUCAAUGCGUUUCCAUUUGUGUUAACUGAGCAUCCUGUUUUUUUUCACUGUUUAGCUUAGAUAUGAUUCAUAGUUUAUGAACUAAACUUUGAAAUGGAUUUGUUUUGAUGUGCUUGCACCCUCUCUUGAUCUUUUUGUUUUCAACAUGGAAAAGCCAGUGGAUCAGAUGCCACUAUGUUUCACAUUGGAAUGUCUGAUGCUUUCUUAACAUAAAUUUGCAUAACUCAGAAAUUUUAUUUGUUUUGUAGCAACGUCCAGCCAUCUUAACUCAUUUGCUUAUAGGCUUUACCUGGACCCUAGCAAAUAAGUGAAACCCCUAGAUUUGAGGAGUUCCAAAGUACACUUUAAAUGUCUAGAUAUUGUAUACUUAUCCUUCUCUAGCUGUUCAACAUGACAAUCAGGAAUAUAGAAAAAAGAAAAAUAUAUAAUUAUAUAUAUAUAUAUAUAUAUAUAUAUAUAUAUAUAGUAUAUAUACAGAAAUAACCUUGAAUAUAAACUGAGUUUUUAUGGGAAAUACCUUUGAAAACACCCUAUCAGAGGUAGACUAUCUCAGGCUAAUAAUGUAAAAUAGAAAUCAUAACUAUUAGGCUCAGUGUGAUAGGGAGAAAGAAUGCAGUGUGAGAAGGGACCUAAUGUGUGAUGAACUGUACCUAUGCAAUGCUUUUUAGUGUUCAAAUGGAAGUGAUGGAGGAAGUCGUUAACUUGACAUAAUAAAUGAGAGAAGACAAAACAGAUAAAGAAGCUAUAAAAAUUCACCAAAGUUAAAACAUAAAAUUGAGUAUAUGUAAAAACAGAACUCUCCUAAAAUGUUCAUAUUGCUUCCCAAUAGACACUGUUGUAGGAAAGGGAGAUAAAAUAUAAGUACAAAAAAAUCUAAAACUUCUAUGAAAAAAUUAGACAACUGUAAUUAUAUUAUGAUUUAUUUAGUAUUUAUUAGAGAUUAUUUGCUAUAAUCUGAAUAUAAAUUUCAAAUUUCUUUUCUUGUCAGUGUAAAUUAUUCCAAAUAGUCAUAAUGAUAUCACAAGCAUAAUUAUUUUAAUGUAACUUUUUUCUUUAACAUGGCGUAUUUAUAUGACUCAGGCAUAAUUUCCAUUAAAGGUGGAUUUAGGAGGAAAAUGUUAUUCAUUAUAGAUAAGUAAUUUCUAUACUGAUUGCCGCUUACUUCACAAAAUAUAAAAACUACUUACUAUAGAACAUUUUAUUUAGAAUUUUACUGAUUUUGCCCAUUUGUAGGAUUUUUCAAAGAAACAAGCUUAUGAUAUUCAAAUUUUCUGGUUCAUCUGUAAAGUGCAUAUUGAUUUUUAAUAGCUAUCUCAGACUCUCAUUUUUCAACUUUCUCUAAACAGCUGUAUUACUAUAUUUUCUCUACUUAUUCUACAAAGGAAAAUAGUGCUAGUUCUUUUGCUACCCCGCUGGACCUCUGAAGUUCUCCCCACCCUUGUUCAGGUGUACUGCUUUCUUCAUGAAGUCAUCUAUGAUGCAUGUAUCAUGGUCACUGUCAUUUCAAUGCGUUUCCAUUUGUGUUAACGGAGCAUCCUGUUUUUUUUUUCCACUGUUUAGCUUAGAUAUGCUUCAUAGUUUAUGAAUUGAACUUUGAAAUGGAUUUGUUUUGAUGUGUUUGCACCCUCUCUUGAUCUUUUUGUUUUCAAAAUGGAAAAGCCAGUGGAUCAGGUGCCACUGUGUUUCACAUUGGAAUGUCUGAUGCUUUCUUAACAGAUGACCAUGCCUGAGAUAGUCUACCUCUGAUAGGUAGUCAUGCAUGAUGUAUGAUUUACUUGUGAUUCGCAAGAAUGCCUGUGCUGUAGCCAACUGGUUAUACUUUUGGCCAUGACCCUUCAUCUGCACGAACGAAGAAACUCUAGGCUUAAGGUUUCAGGGACAGGAGAGGUGCUUCGGUGUAGGAAAUACUUUGUUAAUAUGAAUUUCCCUUAUGCAAGAUAAAUAUUAAAGAAUCUAGAUACAACAGUCUUUCUGUUGUUGGCACUUACUGAUAUGUUUCUAAUUCUCUUAAAGUGGCUGACAACUUUAAGAACUGACAACUUUGAGAAACAAAGCUUUCCAUCACCGUAUUUCUCUAUUAGGUGUCACACAGGCUGUCAGUGCAGUGACAUUGCUGAUACAUCUUACCUCCUAAGUUUCUAACCACGACAGUGUAUAACACCAAACAUCAUAAUUCUUGAGAUUAAAAGCAAAAUUAAAAUCUUGACUUUUCACAUAUAUUUUAUUAUUGUGAUUUCAUUACAUCCAUAAAUAUGAUCAUGUUUGAGAGUACACUUAACAGCUGAGCCCCAGUUCUCAGUAACUAAUUAUAAUGCUUAUAAAGCAAAAUCAUAAAUUAAUUUAUAUAAUUAAAAUGAAUACUUUUCUGUGUUCAUAUGUUCUAUAAUUCUGGUUUUCUCUUACUUUGUCUUAGCUCUUCAUAUCCUGUAGUUUUUUUUUUUUUUUUUAGUCUUCUUUCUACUGCUUUUUUUUAAAUGUUAAUUCAUUUGUGCACAGAUCCUGGAAGAAUUGCUAUGGUUAGUAUUAUGAAUGAUAAGUUUUAAUGUCUCUACCUUAAGAACAAAAUUAAAAUUGACUUUGGUAGAGUACACAGAAAUUUUUAAACUAAAUUAUUUCCCAUCUCUCAAUCUACUGCUGCUUCCCUCCAUUUUUGUACAAUUAUUUUUAAAAUUUAUUUUCUUUUUGUGGAUAAACUAAACUUUUUUCAUCUAACUAUGAACAUCUUUACUAUGAAAUUCUUGUUUCUUUGACAUGUUUAAGUACAGUUUUAUUAUUUGUAUGUUCUGUAUGCAUUUCUGUCUUUGUAUUUACUGCUUUAGUAAGUUUAGCAUUAUUGAAGAAUAAUUCUAUAGGGCAAUAUUCACGGACCAUGAAUUUAUUAACAGUGUAGCAAAUAUUUUUCUUCCCACAAUAAAACAAGAUUUUGGGGUUUUUUUGUGUUCAAUACAAAUGUGACAUUAAAAUAGAGAUCUCUGUAAGAAUGCACUGAUACUGAAUACUGGGUACUCUAUUCAAACAUACUAAACUGGUAAAAAGUUCUGUUAAGAGGAAAAGAAGAAUGAAAUUUUUAUCUCAUAAGUUUUAUCUCAUAAAUUUCAAAGUAGAACUUUAAAACUGUCUUUGCACUAAGUCUUAGUUAUUAUUUUUGGGGGGGAUGGUUCUUUAUUUUCAUAUAUGUUAGGGUAAGGUUACUAGAUUAGACCCAUAUAUAGACCUUGGUCACUAAAGUAGAGCACAAUUUUUAAAAAAUAUUAUUCAAUGGACUUUAUUUUUCUGCCAUUUAUUUUCUAUUUCUAAUUAAAAUAUGAGUAUUUUUUGGAUUAAGAGAUGAGAUAUAUGAAGUGAAAUAUUUAUUUUCUGAGCAAUUAGAUGUAUUAUUUUUAUUUGUGUUAUAUUUUAUUUUUGAUAUAUUUAUGUAUCAAAUGAUACAUUUUAUUAACUUAUCAUCUCAAUUUUCUAUGCUAAUUUUGUUGCAUAUUACAUUUUUACUGUACAAUACCAAACUAGACGAGAUUAAGGGCUUUACAUAAAUAUACACCAAUCCUCUGAGUAAAUGAAUAGUUGGAAAUAGAGCACAGGUUUUUUGACUUAGCAUAUUUUUCUCUCCUCUGCACUAUUUAAGAAAUUUUGUUGAUAAUGAUAACCUUUAUAGUCAAUAAAAACACACUUGACAAAUCCUGUGUAUUCCAGUAAAUGUAUUUCUCCAACUAAACUUUGCAAAAUCUUGUUUGCAAAUGUAUGUUGAAGAGUAUUCACCAACUGCAACAGCAAAUAAUUCUGGGUAAUCAAAGAUAACAACUAGUGAAUAAGAUAAAUAAUUCUGCAUACAAUAUGUUGGAAUAGUAAUUUGAAACCCAUUAAAAAGAUAUCAAUAUCAUGUUGAUAGAAAUUGUCAGUAUUUUAUUAAUUGCUUUUUCCUAACUUAUACCAGAGCAUGGAAUAACCAGUACAAGCUUGUUAAUUAUUAAAUUAUGUGCAAGAAAUUAUUAACAUAGUAUAAUUAAGGAGAUAAGCCCUACAGUAUUUCUUUUUCAGAAUGUGAAAAUGAGUUUAAAAAAUAUUCAAACACAGCACAUCUGAGAAUUUUUGUUUUUUAAAUGAUUAUUUCACCUAAAUACAUUGCACUAAACUCCACAACCAUCGUGGUACAGUAUAGAGAUUCCUUUGUAUUGGUGAUAUCAUCUACCUCUGUCAUACUCGGUUAGAUAUUUUUGCCAGAUUUUCUGUUUUCAUGCCCCAACAAAACAACAGUAUGAGCAAUAACAACCACAGCAACAGAUCUCUCAGACAUAGAUGAUCUCUGCAGGAAGAGUGAUGGCAAUUUGAUAUUCCCCAGGAAAAAAUAUAAACGUAGUAGUAAAUAUCUUGCUUCAUUUAUUUUGUGUUCAUUAAAAUCUAUGAAUAGAGAAGGGUCUGAAGUGUAGUUAGUGAUGUGUGUGGUUAAAUUCAGCCAAACUGUCAUCCAUAUGCCACAUUUGCUUUGUGACUGAGGGCAGCCUCAGUAGCUCCCUGGAGUCCCAUCCAUUAAAUACUUUAAGGUCUUUUCUUUAUAAUGAGGACAAAAAUAAUAUACUUUAACUAGACAUGUCAGGUCUAGUAAUUCCUGUGUUGAAGAUGAAAAACCAGUGUCUUUUCAAACAUGUACUGAAAUUGGCAUUUGAUGGGAAGAUUUUUAGUGCUACCUCCCAGAUAUUUUGAAGUGAAGUAUUAAGGAAGUAUUUUCCACAAUAGGUAAUGCUCCAUUAUUCAGAGACUUUGGAGAAAAAUGUUAUUUACUACCACACAUUCAACAAAUAUUUCUGUCUCAUAUCAGUAUUGAACUGGAGCAAAUAAUAAAAAUAAUAUUUGGGGGAUAAAAGUUGUAUAUAACCUUUUACAACUAGUAAGUCAUAAGUAAGACACUUCUUGACAACACACAUACCUAGCUAACUUUUACAUGAGUUCUUUAAGUGAUUGGAUUUAGGUGUUAAUCUAUACUCUCAUGUUUUAUGCUGCAUUUUUGUGAUUUUUAAGUGAAAAAAUGCAGUUGCUAUGUGUCUAGAUAUCUUAAUGACCAUUGAACAAAUCACCACAUGGUCGAACAACCAUAAUUACUAUGAUAAUAAAGUGAAGGGUAGUUUUGCUUGCUUGACACCUAAGAUGACAUGAUCUAAGUCAUGGCUAUACUAUUUCAUUCUUUUAAAAGUAUAUAAAUAAUUCAUUUCAGUGACUGUGAAAGUUUAAUAAAUUUAAAUUCUCUUUUUGCCUUCUUACAUGAAUGUACUUAAAGUGAUUGUGAGUAGACCUUGAUAUAUUUAUUUCUGGAAUUUUUUUGUGUGUGCAACAGUUCUGAAGUUAACAAAUAAGGUGUACUAAAGAAUAACCAAAGUGAUAUAACUGGCAUUUUUAUACAAAUACAUAUCUUGCUUUAUAAAAUACUAUGUAUAUUUAUUUAAAUCAGGAAUAUAUUGUAUUGUUGAUCACGUAUUCUUACUUCCUCUAUGAGCACACUUGGUUUAAUGCUAUCAUUUUCCACUUGCCUUUCAGCCGUACCCUCGUGCUAUAUGGCAUAAAGUUUUAGAAAAAAUAUCUGCUAUCAUUUCUAUGUUUGAUUGUACAAUAAAUUUGAAACCAAAUGUUCAUGUCCUCUGUGGGGAUACAUAUUUUGCGUGUAGUUUUGAAUAUAUUUUGAAAUGAAUCUCUUUUGUGUUAGACUGUGAGCUUCAUGUUGACCAGAAUGUUACCUUAACUCUGAUGUUAACUUUAAUGCUUGGCAAAAUCCCAGCAUCGAAUAAUUUGUUAUUGAAAUGAAUCGAUGGAUCUGAAUUAUUAGAAUACUACAGAAGUCUAUGAAUAUAUAUUGGCAAUUUUCUGACUAGUAUCAAAAGGAAGAUACAGAAACUUGUGUAGCAUUUUCUUUACUAAGUUGAUACCCUGAUUGGAAAAAUUUGUUUUUAUUUUCUCAGUCAAACAUUCUAUGCAAAUGCUAAAUAUGCAACAGGUAAUCAAUUAUUUUUACUUUCUUUACAAAUCAUAAUUGCUUUAUGUAGGCUUCCUAAAAAUGCUGACAAUCAUUUUAACGACUAAAGGUGCUACUUAUUUUCUAACAUUUACCUUGAUCAUAAAUGCUCCUAUCUGCUGAACUUUAUUCUUUUUGGGGGGUUUGAGGGGAGCAAUGCAAUUAGAAUAUCUUUUUUGUCUAAAUUAUACAAUUUAGCAAUGCCUGUAUGCCUUUGUACAUGUAUUUCUUACUGCUUUCUAAUUUAAUUACAGGCUUGUGUUGUUUCUUAGAUGUACAUGAGUAUAUAUUUCUAUCAUAUGUAAUAAAACUAUUGCUUAUUAAAAUUGAGAUGACAAAUAAAUGUUCAUGUUAAAUUUUUGAAA